GACAGGAAGUAGAUUCAUUCUGUUGAGUAAAGAGCAUGGUGCUGGAAAGACGUGGAGGACACUUUUAAAGAGUGCUUUACAUGUUAUUAGGAAGCCCACACACUCCACCAGUGAGCCAUGAGCAAACGGAAACUGAAUUUAAAACUGUUCGGGAGCCUCUCCAAUCUCUCCUUCCGCCGCUCAACAGGGAAGAAGAGCACCAAAGCGUCCCUGGAGUAUGAUGGGAGCUUUUCCGGGGACAAAUCUGCAGGGAUGGGCAACCAGUCGGUGGACGACAUGGAGUCCUGCCUCCACAGCCCCACCUACGCCCGCUCCUGUGAGAUGUACACACAUGUGGGGACUGUGCCUCGCAAUGACAAGCAGAAGAAGAGCUUAAAGGAGAAGAAGACCAAGACAGAGGAGGAGGAGAAAGGGAUGAGUGAGAGGCAGGGCAAUUUGAAGGCGGGAGAGCAUGUCCGGGACUCGCCCCUGCUUGGUGCUCUGACAAGCCUUAGUGUGAACAAUAUGGAAAAGCCUCAGCCUGCUUCUACGUUGGCCCGGUCACUGCCAGUGACACCGACAUCCAGCCGGACUUCACCUUUGACCUCAGAAUCUGACAGCUGUGAUCCUGCUGUGGAAUCUUUAACCAGCAGUGAGGCAUUAAAGAGCAAGAAUGAUUUAGAAACAGCCAGAGAGCCUUCAGUUAAGAGCCACAAGGCUGCUUCGAACCAGGAUCUGUAUGUGCCGAUGGAUCCUAUAGCUGAAACAGCCCACAGCCACCUGGACCCCCAAACAGAGAGACUGCGAGGCGUCACACGUACACAGGAAACCACCACAACCAUGAAAAGCUCACAGGAAGUGGAGUAUGCUGACAAGCAUCAGGACAUGACAGAUGGUGGAGGAGAAUAUGUGAAAUUCUCCAAGGAGAAGUUCUGGUUGGAGGCGCCGUCUGAGAAACUGAGGAAGCAGCUGGAGGAAGAGCUGAGGCUGAGUGGCACAAACCUGAAGAGCCACGCUUGGUACCACGGAUGCAUCCCCUGGCAGGUGUCGGAGAGCCUUGUGGUGAACCAUGGUGACUUUCUUGUCAGGGACUCUCAGUCCAGUCAGGGUGACUUUGUCCUUACCAGCCGGUGGGAGCAGAAAACGCUUCACUUCCUCAUCGGGAAGGCGGUGGUUCAGUCCGCUGAGACGUACACUCGGGUUCAGUACAGCUUGGAGGGCGAGGCCUUCGACUCCUUACCUGCCCUUGUUCAUUUCUAUGUGGGCAGCCGGGCGGCUCUGACUCGGUGGAGCGGAGCUCAGAUUCACCAGCCAGUCAACAGGACGUUGCCACUUAGCUACCUGGAGACGGCUUUCCGCACCACUGCCGUCACCUCAUCGGGUCAAAGGGGGCUGAGGAACGGUAGCAUGGGAGGAGAGGAGAGGGUCUGUCCGAGAAGUCCUUCCUCUAACAACCACAAGGAGGCAGACGUGAACAGGGAACAGGAUGGCCAGCUGAGUCCUGGAGAAUUGUUUCUUUCUACUCCUUCUAGCCGCUCCCCCACAUCCAGAACUCCGUCCAGCAGCCGGACUCCCACUGUGACUCCGUCCCUGCCGAGGCGCUCGGACACCGUCCAACCUCUGCCCUCUCCCAGCAGCACCCUACAGAGACAGCAUCUUGACAGACCCCAACCUCACCACACCCAGGUCUCUCCCUCCUCUCAUGCAGAUGGGAGCUGCUACACAGAGCUGUACCCUGCUCCUCAGAGCUAUGUGGAGAGGCUGCAGGCAGAAGAGGGGUCAGCGGGGGUCGACCCACUGAGGGCUGAGGAUGGGAAUGUGUACUUUUCGCCUGUGGUGGAGACGGUCUCCUGUUUCAAACCCAGCAGGUACCAGUCACCACUGAUGGGAAAAGAGAAUAAGCCUCUAGAAGUGGGCGUCCUGCGGAGGGUGAAGGAGCUUCUGGUGGAGGUCGAUCCCAGGACAAUGGCCAAACACAUCACCAAGGCUGACUGCAUGGUGGCCAGAAUUCUGGAGGUCACGCCAGAGGUGCAAAGAAUGAUGGGCGUUACCUCCGGGAUGGAGCUGCUCACGCUGCCACAUGGACAACAGUUAAGACUAGACCUGCUGGAGAGGUUUCAAGCCAUGUCUAUUAUGUUGGCUGUGCACGUGUUGGGCUGCACGGGGACGACUGAAGAACGAGCCUGCCUUCUUCACAAAAUCAUCCAAAUCGCUGCUGAGCUCAAGAGCACAAUGGGCAAUAUGUUUGGCUUCGCUGCAGUCAUGAGAGCCUUGGAGCUUCCGCAGAAAGCUGUCCGCUGUCCAACACCACUUUCCCCCACGUCCUCCCUCUUCUGACUCUGAUGGAGAAGAAUGCGGUGGUGGGUGAGGAGGGGACAGAACUGUGGGAAACGGUGGAAGUCGGGGUGGAAGUGGUCAUGUUCCACCUUGGGGCGGCGAGAACCAUUGCCCAGCUAGGGGGCAUCUACCGCUCUAAUGCUGAGAGCAAAUUACAAGGUUUCCGGGAGCGGGCCGAAGUCCUGGAGCUUUUCCUGACUGAUUUCCAGAUGCGGCUGCUGUGGGGGAGCCGGGGGGCCGAGGAGCAACAGGCUCUGCGAUACUCUAAGUUUGACCAGGUGCUUACCGCCCUGUCCAACAAGCUGGAGCCACCCAUCAGACGACACUGACCCCAGCACUGUUUUUAGAGGCCUUGUUUAUGAGCUCAUGCCUACAUACAUGGACAAUUACUGUGUUGGACACUGAGAAGCUCCUCCACUGAAAGCUCAUUAAAAGGGAAAGUGCUGUGAUCUUUCAAACAAGCAGGCUUCCUAAGCGUGUAGACACCAGAACGAAGCAGUGCACCCACUUAGUUCAAAUCUGUCACAUGUAGCAGACCGGGAUACUUGAAGAGUGAGACUGCAAUUUUAUAAAUGCUUACCUUCCCAUACCAGCACUUUUCCAGUUUCUUUUGAAGCUAAACUGAUGUAACUCAAGGUUGAGGAACUUUGUCUGAAAGCUUCAGCAGAAUGACGACAGUUUGUGAAAGAAACCACUAAAUGCUUUGAUGGAGUCUCCAGAGGGUGUUUUUAUUUUUGACUGAGGACUUGUACUGCUUCAACAGCGUCACAGAUCAACAUUGUCCUGUGUUAGUUUACCUAACAAAGGACUGUAUCUACUCGAAAGUGGCACAGGAUGACAUGAUUUGGAAGUGUAAAUAUGUGGUGCCCUUUAGGUUACCGAGGCUGUGCCUCAGUCUGAUAGGCUCAUGUUUGUAAAUGUUUUAAUCUCCCUAAAGGCUGGACCUUAGCUAAAUCCACAAACAUAUGUCACAUUGUAGAAUGUAAUAACAGAAUAACUGUACAUCUGCAUUUCAGUUUUUGUUUAGUUUUUUGUAUCUUUUCAGUAAUUAGGAUUUUAUCAUUUGAAGAGAUUAUUAAAUGUAACCUGGGGUCAGUUCGUGUUUCCUCUUUGUUUCUUUUUCUUUUUAUUAUAACAAUGUUACUUUUAAUGUAAGGGGAGUGAACUGAUCCUAACUGCACGAGUACGGCACACAGGUGCAGAUCAUUUUUGUAAUCUUAAACAGUUUUACUUUUUAUUUAUCAAAAAGUGUAAAUAACGUUUAUUUCACUGGA